UUCGUUUCUUUGUACCAGAAGCAAGAAAAGCGUUUGUCGAAGGACGUCAGCGUCGCCGGCGAGGUUUUCAAGACUCAGAAUGCUAUGCAGACAUUGGAUAAGACUAUUUCCGGCUUAGAGAUGGAAUUAGCUGCUGCAAGGGCGGCCCAAGAGUCGUUGCUCGGCGGUCCUCCGUUAUCCGGAGAUGUGAUCGGAUCAUCAAGGAAGAGAAAAUAUCUGGUUGUUAUAGGAAUUAAUACGGCUUUCAGCAGCAGGAGAAGAAGAGACUCGGUUCGUGCUACAUGGAUGCCACAAGGUGACAAACGGAAGCGAUUGGAGGAAGAAAAAGGCAUUAUCGUUCGGUUCGUUAUCGGUCAUAGUGCUACAUCGGGUGGUAUUUUGGACCGAGCAAUUGAAGCAGAGGAUAAGAAGCAUGGAGACUUCUUGAGGCUGGACCAUGUUGAAGGGUACCUUGAAUUGUCUGCAAAGACUAAAAUAUACUUUGCUACUGCUGUUGCUUUGUGGGAUGCAGAUUUUUACGUCAAAGUCGAUGACGAUGUCCAUGUAAAUAUAGCAACACUCGGAGAAACUCUAGUUAGGCACCGGAAAAAACCUCGGGUAUAUAUCGGGUGCAUGAAAUCCGGUCCAGUCCUCUCUCAAAAAGGAGUUAGAUACCAUGAACCCGAGCACUGGAAAUUCGGCGAGAACGGAAACAAGUAUUUCCGGCAUGCUACCGGGCAGUUGUAUUCCAUUUCGAAUGAGUUGGCCUCGUAUAUAUCAAUAAACCAACACGUUCUACAUAAGUAUGCUAACGAGGAUGUUUCACUCGGAGCCUGGUUUAUCGGACUCGAUGUGGAGCAUAUCGAUGAUCGGAGAUUAUGUUGCGGCACACCACCUGAUUGUGAGUGGAAAGCUCAAGCUGGCAAUGUAUGUGUUGCUUCCUUCGAUUGGACCUGCAGUGGGAUCUGCCGGUCCGCCGAUGGGAUUAGAGAGGUUCAUCGACGGUGCGGGGAAGGCGAGAAUGCUUUGUGGAGUGCUACUUUUUAACGUGCCACUGGCCACGCGGUUCGCAAUUCGGGAGGACAAUAAGCAAGAGCGACGAGCAUUUGCCACCAUCAACCGGUCAUCGAAAAUCUUUCUUUUCCGUCGGAGAUUAUUGUGGGGGGUUUACGAUUUUGAUCGGAUAUUAUUGUCACCGUCACCGUUGCAGCCGUAAAAGAAAGCGGGGCCACCACUCGCCACCCACUCAUUCUUUUUUCAGACAUGAGAGCCACUUGUAAUUUACAAUUCUAUAAAAGCUCAUAAUAAAGAAGAAAAUAUUCUUUGUUGUGCCAA